AUGCACAGAAGAAUGGCUAUGCAAACUUUGGCACUGUGGCUGCUGCUUCUUGGAUCAGUAGUGCCACAGAUCUGCUGUCAGCACUGGUCAUAUGGACUGAGCCCAGGAGGGAAGAGGGAACUGGACAGCCUUUCAGACACAAUGGACGACAUAGUUGAGGGGUUUCCACACGUGGACACACCUUGCAGUAUUUUGGGUUGUGCGGAGGAAUCACCUUUUGCCAAAAUCUACAGAAUGAAAGGAUUAUUUGGCAGUGUGACCAACAGGGAGAAUGGACACAGAAAUUAUAAAAAAUGA